CUUUGCAUUGGAUGAUGGUGUUACCCGCUCCCCCACCCCCAUCCCCGACUCCAUGCUCUCCAUUACACCAACUUCUCCUUCGCUGCGUCCAUGCGCGCGGCCGCGCCUGAGCGACCCCCCCCGGCCGCCGCUCCCCGUCGUCGCCGCUGCCGCCACCUCGAGGCGGAAAAGAAGCGAAGACGACUACCACGCCACCAUCAAAUCUCUGAAUUCCAAAGGCCGCUACACCCCAAGAAAAUCACUUGGCCAGCAUUACAUGUUGAAUUCGAGUAUUAACGAAGCACUUUCGAAUGUGGCUGAGGUUGAAGACGGGGAUGUGGUGCUGGAAAUAGGCCCCGGCACUGGCUCCUUGACUAAUGUUUUGAUAGAUGCCGGCGCCACGGUGAUCGCCAUAGAGAAGGAUCCGCACAUGGCCAUGCUUGUUAGAGAUAGGUUUGGCUAUACAGAUCAAUUAGUGGUUCUACAGGAAGACUUCACAAAAUGUCAUAUUCAUUCCCAUUUGAGUUCAUUGUUGGAGAAUAAGAACUCCAUAGGAAUCAAACCUAGAUAUGCAAAGGUAGUGUCAAAUAUACCCUUCAAUAUAAGUACAGAUGUUGUAAAGCAGCUUCUUCCAAUGGGUGAUAUUUUCUCUGCUGUUGUUCUUCUGCUUCAGGAUGAGACUGCAUCACGCUUGGCAGAUUGUUCUUUACGAACAUCAGAAUACCGACCCAUUAACAUCUUUGUGAACUUCUAUUCAGAUCCUGAAUACAAGUUUAAAGUUGAAAGAACAAAUUUUUUUCCUCAACCAAAUGUUGAUGCAGCUGUUAUUAAGUUUACACUCAAGCAAGUUGUGGAUUAUCCACCUGUUGCUUCUCCUAAAAGCUUCUUUUCAAUGGUAAAUUCUGCUUUCAAUGGAAAGCGUAAAAUGUUGCGGCGGUCACUUCAGCAUAUAUGUCCAUCUCUCGAGAUAGAAGCUGCUCUCAAGAAUGUUGGUCUUCCAGUUACAGCCAGACCUCAAGAUCUUACAUUGGAUGAUUUUGUGAAGCUGCAUAAUCUCAUUACACAGCUGUAGCACUUAGUGCCUUUGAAAUAGCAUGUAGUGAAGCAUCCUUGCGAUAAAGAUGGAAGAUUAUGACGUCCCAUGGUCACAACAUGAGAAUUGAGACAGAUCUAUGAUUCAAGGGACAGUUGGCAGGAUUCACAUUGGCAACCACACAUAAGGGCUGGUAGAACAUCCUUACCAACAUAGUUGAAGCCAAUGCAAUGUAAAAUUGCCAUUUGGUGAAGAAGCUAGUCAUCUGUAUGAAUAAUUCAAUCAUUUGAAAACUAUGAGGCUUGCUUUUUCGGAAUGGAAAAUCAAGCUUUUGAGAGAAGGUAGCACUGCAGCAGAUCAUGACUAAAAGCAAAAUGCUGAACAUGAAAUAACUUUAUACCGAACGUGUAUUGUUAAUCAAAUGAUUUGGUCGUUGGCCAGUUUAGGAUACAGAUCAAUUUAGUUUCUCUAUUCCACUGUGUUCUGACUGGAGAAUGUUGCAGGAUGAAUCUCUUUAGAUUCUUCGCCUAAAUAGUGAAGAAUUAAUGUUUAUUUCUGGUAGUGUUUGGCUCAGAGUAAUGCUAUGCAGUGACAUUA